UCCGUCAGUCUGUGCCAUGCUGCCGUGAAGUGCGGACGUCUGUUAUGUACACCGCGAGUAAACACUACGAAUUUUAUUUCAGUUGGACAUUGCCAUGAAUAAAAAAUGUGCCCAGGAUUAAUUUUAUGGUGAAGAAACUUUAAGUGCAGUUUUUUUUUGUGUGAUGUGUUAAACGAUGCGGUGAAAGUUUUUUUUAAACUUUUGAUUGAAAUUAUUGAAGUUUAGAAUGAUUGUCUUGUUUCUGAUGUUUAAUCUAUUAAUUAAAGAAUCGAUACCCUUACGCAUACUCCGGGUGUCGGUACCGGCGUACAGGAUGCGGGGGCAGCCGGCGCAGCUGCAGUGCGACUACGAGCUGGGCGGCGACGGGCUCUACUCCGUGAAGUGGUACCGCGACGACGAGGAGUUCUACCGGUACUUGCCCAAGUACAACCCGCCGUCGCACGCCUACAAAUUGGAGGGGGUCAAAGUUGAUUUGAGCAAGUCUGACGACCGUCGCGUGGUGCUGCAGCAGGUGACGCUCCGGUCCAGUGGCGUAUAUCGCUGCGAGGUGUCCGCCGAGGCGCCCAGCUUCGCCUCCGCCGCCGGCGAGGGACGCAUGGAAGUCGUUUACCUGCCUCGCGAGGGGCCACGUAUCACUGGCAACCAGCAGGAGGGCGGUGGCGACCACUUGUUCCUGAACUGCACCUCGGGCCGCUCCUACCCCGCCGCCGUGCUCAGUUGGGACAUCGAUGGGGAAAAGGUGACAAAUCCGGAUCUGCUGGUGCCGUACGGCGCGACGGCGCACGCGCACGGGCUGGUGUCCGUGGCGCUGGGGCUGCUGGUGCCGCGCGGGCGCAGCAUGCAGGUGCGCUGCACGGCGCGCGUGGCACCCGCGUGGCGCGAGGGCAGCGAGGCCGUCGUGGGCCACGGGCUGCUCGCGCACAGCAAGGAGGCCAUGCUCUUAGUUCGCAGCGGCGGCGAGCGGCCGCCAGCGGGUGUGAUCCUGUUAGCGGGUUCCGUGCUACUACUUCUCCUUAGAACUUUCCAGACGUGAUCGGGGAAGUGAUAAAUUAGAGAUUAAGGAAACGUGAUAUGUACAAAGUGAGUUGUUCUUUUGUAACCUCGGAAUUACGUUAGAAUACGUUGGGGGUUUUUUGGGGCAUUUAGUGACGGAAUAAAGCGAAGGUGUAGAAUAGUAUUUGUUGAUUUGAGAAAUGUAAUAAAAUAAUCGCUCUCUAUUUCUGAAGACUCACCUUUGCUAUAUUAACAGUCAAACAUUGUAGGUACUUUAUACAGCUGUUGCAUAUCUUUUCAUAUCAUGUUCAUGACUUAAAAAAAGACUUAAUGUAAGUUAGUGUAAAGGUCAUAAAUAAUUAUUAAUUACUUUAAAUGAGUGUUGUUUUCUACUGAUAGGUACUUAGUUAAAGUAAUAAUUGUACAUAAUAGUAAAAAAGCCUUCUAGACGUAAAUUAAUUGUAAUAUAAAAUAAAUAGGUGUUAUGACAACAUAAAUGGAAUAUUGAUGACAGUUAAAUUUAUAUUACUACCUAUAUUUCCAUCAAUGCCACCUCUAUUAAUUUACUGAAAUAAAAAUCUGUC